ACCAGCGUCAGCAUCGCUCGCCGGAGAGAUUUCUUAGGGAUGUCGCUUUCGUUGUACGGACCGCAGUGUUGGGCUCUUUCGCACCCCCUCCCGCCCCCCGCGCUUCCCGCCACUUCUCCUUCUCCUUCUCCUCUAAUCCUCAUCGACCUUUUUCGCACCAUGAUUUCCACCUCGUUAUCGUCUCUUUCUCGCUCUUGAUUCUCGUUUGAUGUUUGUUUUUCUUCUGUUGAUUUUGAUCCAGUCUUUCUCCAUUUCGAGGAUGGUUCUCGGAGAUUGGUGAUUUCCUUCUUGGUUUCGCUUGAGGGUUGUAUGUAUUACUUGUUAUCUUGUUGAAUUUGCUCUGAAUUGACUCAGAUUAGGUAUACUUUCAUGUCUAUGUGAGCUGUGGGGGUCUUUCGAAAGAUAGGAUUUAUUAGAGUUUUACUUGGAUUCUCUCAACUGAAUUUGAAUUAUUUUCUUCGUUUAUUGGAAAUCAAUCGGGUUCUGGUGGUUGGCUUCUCUUUCGAUCUGGUGUUUUUAGUUUUUUUGUUGAUUUUUAGCCUUGCCUCUACUUAAAGGUUUGAUUUUUGAUGGGAUCUCUGGAUGAGCUCUGAGGAAAUCGAUUAAAUUAGAUAGCUUGACGUCCUGUUACUCGAUUGUGUUUUCGACGCCAAAAAGUUAUUGUUUUGGUAACCUUUGUGGAAUGCUUUCGUGGUUAGCAUUUGUAGAUUCUUGGGUUUUUGUUUAAAAACUAGAGCAGAGGAUUGUGCCAUAGAGAGGGAUGGGGAGAGUGAAGCUGAAGAUCAAGAGAUUGGAAAACUCCAGUGGGAGACAAGUUACCUACUCAAAAAGGAGGGCAGGGAUCUUGAAAAAGGCCAAGGAGCUCUCCAUAUUAUGUGACAUUGACAUUGUUCUUCUCAUGUUCUCACCCACCGGCAAGCCCACAUUGUGUCUUGGAGAACAAAGCAACAUUGAGGAGGUCAUAGCAAAAUUUGCUCAACUAACUCCACAGGAGAGAGAAAAAAGGAAGUUAGAGAGUCUUGAAGCAUUGAAGAAGACAUUCAAGAAGCUGGACCAUGAGGUCAAUAUCCAAGACUUUCUGGGCUCCAGUCCUCAAACCGUUGAGGAACUGGCUAGUCAACUGAGAUUAAUACAAGCUCAAAUAUUAGAGGUACAACAGAGAUUAAGUUAUUGGAUGGAACCCGAAAAGAUUGAUGACAUAGACCAAAUCAGAGCAAUGGAACAAUCUCUCAAGGAAACUCUUGACCAAAUACAAUUACAGAAGGAAAAUUUGGCCAAGCAGCAAUAUAUAUCUCUAGAAUCUGUUAGCCAGUUCCAGAACGACUUGCAUUUGCCCUUUGCACUGUGUAGUAUGCCACAAAACUUGCCAAUCAUGUGGCUUCAUAACAAUCAUGGCCAACAACUUAUGCUACCAGAAGUCUCUAAUUUGCUGCCUCAGAGGGAUAUUGGAUGCUCUACAGACACAUCCCUUCAAAGUUAUCCCAGUUACUUCAGUAGUGCAGAGAAGCAAACAGAUACCAACGAGCCAGGACAAGGGGACUCCACGCAUGGGUUAAGCCAAAAUGAAUGCCUUAGCCUGCAGCUGGGAGCCCAAUAUCCUUAUCAGGGUUAUAAUUCGAAUCUGCUUAAUGAGAAAAAUUGCAAACCUGCAGAAAUCAGCUCACGGGAAGGUUUUGUAGAAUACCAAGUUAAUCAAUUCGAUUCACCCGGGCAUGGUUAUAAUGCCAGCAUUCAGAAUUGGGCUUCAACUUCUGGGUCAUGUGGUGUCUUGACAUUUGAUGAUCGCUCCUAUAAUCAACAACCAAACCAGACCAUUUAAAUCAAUCGUUCAAACUCGCUGGUCUUAACUGGUAUUGUUCACCUAUGUAAUGCUGAUUGUAUGAGAUUUUUUUCUUCAGAUAAAAAUCACAAGGCAAGCAUGUUAUUGAGGCAGGUUCUGCCUGCAUUGUUAUGAGGAUGUGAGGCCCACAUUGUCAGAGAAUUCAAAUCCAAUGCUUUCCAUUUAUGUGAUGUAAAUCAGUAAAAAUGUCUCUCAGAGAUCAGCUGAUAAAAUGAUUUCCAGUUGUAGAGUGAAACAAUAACUAACAUACAUACAUAUAUAUAUACAUACAUUUACAUUAUGUUGUAUAUUUAUUUAGGC